AUGUCCGCAUCCUCAAACAGCACCGAGGCGCCGCAGACUGCGGUGCCACCGCCGCUCCCGUCGCUCGACAAUACGCUUGGCGCGCUCCUGCUGGGGACUUUCUUCGGGCUCAUACUGUAUGGGGUGGUCAUCCACCAGGCGUACCGGUACUUCCGGCUGUUCCCACAAGACGGACGGUUGAUUCGCGCAUUUUUGAUGAGACAGGGGUCGAUCUCGUCGGGAUGCCGUACGCAGGUCGUGGCUAUCAUGUUUCUGGAAACAGUACAUACCAUUACGUGUAUGCACGCCAGCUAUUGGUAUACGGUCACCAACUACUUCCAGCCAACCGCUCUCCUUUUCGCCCCGUGGUCGAUCCAGUUUCUUCGCGCGACGGCUCUAUCUCAGUAUGUCAAAACCUUAGUUGAAUUUUCCCACUCCCUCAUCUCCGGUGUGAAGUUAGCAAACGGUUACGUCCCCUCGUGGCUGUUGCGCAUUUGCCUCGGGUUCAAGGUGCCGACAUGGGAACGCUAUGCGCACUAUGCAUGGCUCGACUCCGCUGGGUUUGGAAUCACCACAUUCGCCGACUUCAUCAUCACGGCCUCGUUGAUUUACACCCUCCGUCAAUGUCGGACUGGGUUCUCCGGUCUCUUGCUCAGCACGGACUCGACAUUAGACACCAUCAUAAUCUACUCUAUCAACACCGGUCUAAUAACAGGCAUCUUCAACACCAUCUCCUUCAUCUUCGCCCUGGUAUCUCCCAACAAUAUGAUCUACGAAGGUGUCAUCAUCAUAGCCACCAAGAUGUACGCCAACUCGCUCUUCGCCGUCCUCAACUCCCGCCGCUCCCUCCCGCUCGCCAUGCGCAGCAAGCCGCUCGCCGGCACAACCGGCGCCGGCGCCGGCGGCUUCAUCGACAUCCCCACCACCCACGCCAGCGCGGACCCGGACAUCGAGCUCGCGCCGCGCGGGCAUUCGAAGGCGGCGGGCGCCUACACCGACGCGGAGCUCUGGGACGUGCCCUCGGACGCGAGCGGGCGCGCGCCGUCGUCGACCGGGUCCGCGCCCGUGCUCGACGUCGCGCUCGACGGGGCGGGGCUCGCGCAGGGCCAGCGGGAGAAGUGGGCGAAGGAGAGCUUCGGGGGCGCCGCGGCGUAUGCGUACCGCGGCUCUGGUCCUGGGCCGCGGGCGCCGUCGGAGCACGAGUAUGAGUACGGGUACGGGCUCGGGUGCGGGAAGGAGGAGGUGGAUCUGGAGCGGGGGUGGGGUGUGGGCGCGGGGAUGGGCGGGACGGAUGCGCAGGUGUUGGCGCUGGUGCCGAACCGAGCGCCGCCGUCUCCACCUCAGUCGCAACCGAGGCGAGCGAGCAACGGGCAGGGUUUGAAGUGGGCGCGCGGAGUCUGA